CCCAGCUAGCUCCGCCCCUGGAGCGGCUGGUCGGACACUGGACCCGGAAGAGGAGGGGAGGAGGUGGCUGGCAUCAGUGGCGAACUGUCCAUGGGAACAGCCAGGUGGCCCCAUCCGCAGGGGUAGAGGCCGGGGCGUCCUGCAGGAGUUAAGCCUCAGCCUCGUCCCCCUCCUCCUCCUCCUCCUCCACGUCAACCCGGCUGGAGGGUCUGGGCACCCCAGCCAGAGCACCCCCUGCUUUGGCGACGACUGCUAAUAUUGGCCCGACCAGCGGAUCAUCGUCCGGGCAGUUUCGGCAGAGAGCCUUGGGCACCAGUGACUCCCCGGUCCUCUUUAUCCACCGCCCGGGCACUUCGGGGACUACGCAGCGACUAGAGUACAGGGGAAGAGUCACUGCCGAACUCCCAGGGGGGGAGGUAGAUCCCAAGCCCCAAGGCCUGGCAUCUCAUCCAGCAGAGGCCCCUGCCCAGGCUGCCCCCCAGCUGGAGCCGCAGCCCCGGCCGGAGCUGCAGCCUGAGCCACAGCCAGCCAGAGCCGCUCGAGAACCCAGCCCUGAGGUGAGCUGCUGCGGUCUGUGGCCCAGGUGGUCCCCCAGCGCUCAGCACUGAGACCUGAAGCCAGCUCCAGCGCCAGAGCGAUGCCGAUGGGGGUCCCGAUGGGGAAGUCGAUGCUGGUGCUGCUGACCUUCUUGGCCUUGGCCUCGUGCUGCUUUGCUGCUUACCGCCCCAGUGAGACUCUGUGCGGCGGGGAGCUGGUGGACACCCUCCAGUUUGUCUGUGGGGACCGCGGCUUCUACUUCAGCAGGCCGGCGAGCCGCGUGACCCGCCGCAGCAGCCGUGGCAUCGUGGAAGAGUGCUGUUUCCGUAGCUGCGACCUGGCCCUUCUGGAGACCUACUGUGCCACCCCCGCCAAGUCCGAGAGGGACGUGUCGACCCCUCCGACCGUGCUUCCGGACAACUUCCCCAGAUACCCCGUGGGCAAGUUCUUCCAAUACGACACCUGGAAGCAGUCCGCCCAACGCCUGCGCAGAGGUCUGCCUGCCCUCCUGCGCGCCCGGCGGGGUCGCAUGCUCGCCAAGGAGCUCGAGGCGUUCAGAGAGGCCAAGCGUCACCGUCCGCUGAUCGCCCUGCCCACCCACGACCCCGCCACCCACGGGGGCGCCUCUCCAGAGGCAUCCGGCAAUCAGAAGUGAGCCAAAAUGUCGCGUAAUUCUGCAAGACGGCACCGUCCACCUCGUGCCCUCCUCUUGACCAGGGGCCAUUCCAUCGGGUCCCGCCUCUAACAUCUCUCGAGGUCGCGUUCCCUCUGCGGGCUCCCCCACCCCCAGCCCCCAUGCCCCAACCUCCCCAUGUCAGGCUCUUCUCUCCUUGGCCCUCUCCAUCAGGCUGAGGAGAUCCUAGUAACACCUCCAAAAAUGUACAAACUCAAUUGGCUUUCAUAACCCCACAAAAUUACCCCCCCAAAUUAUCCCAAAUUGCACAACAGAAAAAACUACGAAUUUCUGAAAAUCUCUCUCUCUCUCUCUCUCUCUCUCUCUUUCUCCUCUUUCUCUCUCUCUCUCUCUCUCACACACACACACACACACAUCAGUCCCCUUAAAACAAAUUGGCUUUUUAGGAACACCAGCAAAAUUAAUUAGUUUAAAAAAAAAAACCCUAAAAUUAUCAAUUGGCUAAAAAAAAAAAUACCAAAACCAAAUUGGCUUAAAAACAAUUGGCAUCAUGAAAGAAUUAGGCCCCCCCUUCCUUCUCUUCUCCAGGGACCUCGAGUCAGAUUGGCCGUGGGCUCGAGUGCCUGACCUCCAGGAGAAAGGAAGGGACCCCAUCUGCAGGUAGGCACGUCACCAUCUGGAGCCGGCUCGCCUCCUCAGGCAAAAUUCUGGCCACAUCUGGGGAGAAUUGGCCUUCUCACAACAGCAAACCCCCAGACUCGUUCCUCACUCUGUUUCCUAUCCUUGAAAGUCACCAUGGAGCUAGAUGGGGGCUCCCAGGGAGGCGAAAGGAGGGGAGAACAGAACAUGAACACCGAAAUUUGUGAGAAUAAACUUUAAUUGGCACAAACCCCCAAACACCCUAAAAUCCAUCCUCCCAAAACCCACACGUCGCAAAAUCUUACAUCAUAAUUCCCACCCUAAAAAUCACACACACCCACAGACAUUCCUGCAGACACUCCCUACAUGCAUGCACUCACACACAUGCUCACACACAUGCAUAUACUCUCACACACAUGCUCACACAUGCUCACACAUAUAUGCACACACUGCCUCACACAUAUGCUCACACACAUGUACACACGCUCUUGCCCACAUAUGCUCACACAUGCUCUCACACACAUGCACACACACACACCCUCACCUGCACACCCUCAUGCCCACACACGCACACAUGCACACGGAUGGGUGAACCCAGCACAGUGCAGGUCAGACCGCUCUCUGAGCUGUUCAUUGGUGUGGUUUUCAUGUCCUGAGCUCCCUUCCUGGCCCCUGGGAUGCGCUCCUCGGGUGGGAGAAGAGCAAUCCAUCUUUCUGAGGUGAGGGAGGUGGCUUUACCCACGGCCCCCGUGGUGUGAGCCUGAUGCCCCCAGGCCCCACCGGCACCUGUGCCCCCUGCCAUCAUGCAGACUGAGGAACUGAUUUGGCCAGACUGGAGGUGGCUGUAGCCGAGCAAGACGUGCCCUACCCGGUAGCCUGACCCCCUAGGUGUGCUCUUGUGAGAAAGAUCUGGGACCCCCAGCACACCUAGGGACCAUCUUUGCCAGCCCCCUCGGGCCUCUCAGAAAUGGGAGGUCCCCUGGAGGCAGGCAAGGAUGGUGGGGAGUGUGGGAAGUCUGGCGGUUGGAGGGGCGGGUGGGGGGCAGUGGGGGCUGGGGUGGGGGGAUGCUCUAGAGUAGGAAGUGGUCCCGUGAGGUUUGGAGUUGACAAGUCAGGAGCAACAAGUGCAGAAUUACAAUCCAAUCAGGAACCCAAAUUUACGCCAAUUGAUCUAUUUCCCCCCUUUAAUUGGUUUCUCCUGGGGCUUUUUUCUUUUUUUUUUUUUUUUUUGAUCCCUCCUUAGCUUUUUAUGCGCUCACGUUACUCCCGUCCCACGUAACAGGGGAGCAGUGACAAAGUAAUGACGUACGAAGCCACCACCACCACCACCACCACCACCACCACCACCACCACCACCACCGCGGUAAAGCCGCACGUCCUGCUCUCCGCCAUUUAUCGUCCCAUUUUGGUUUUUGUUUUAAUCUGUCCCUUUUGCUUGGGUUGAGUGGAGAGUGGGGCCUCCGUGGGGCGCUGGCCACUACACCCCACGGAGAAGCCUGAGGGAUGGGAGUGGGCCACUGCCCGGCCUGGCCUGUGGGGACAGUGGCUGGUCCCCGGAGGUCCUGGGGAGCGGAGGAGGGGGCGGGGAGGCGUCUCCUCGGUGUCCGGAAGGUGCUCGGAGGCCACCAGGAAGGGGCCCCCAGCUGGCCCAGGCUGGCUGGGGGGGAAGGGGUUGCAGGUGUGUAAGUAGAGGGGCUCCAUCGGGCUGGAGCAGGUGGUCGCCUUCCGUGCACUUGGGGAGCCCUCCCCCCACCCCUCGGUGACACCUUGCCCGUUUCCUCAGCACCCUGUCUUGUCCCCAGGAGGCUCAGAGCUCCACGGGGCAUCCUGGGGCCCAGGCAGGGUGAGGUCGGGGAGUAGGGGAGGUCAGGAGGAUGCAGGCCCUGCAGAGCAGGAGAGCUGCGAGAAUGGUCCACUGACUGGGGUCGCUUGGGCCCCGAGGCCCACGGGUCUGGUGAUACCGAACCAGCCACCAUCUCGGAGCCUAGGGCUAUGGCAGGGAUCCGGGCGGCUGGGAGGUUUACCUCACCCCCACUUCUGCCCUCAGUGCAGCCCCCCUGCACGGCAGCCUGACUAGCAUUCUAGAGGCCCGAGGCUUCUGGGCCCCAGUGACGGGGCUGGCACGGCCCAGGGGGCGGUGCGUGUCAGCCCACCAGUGGCACAGAGGGUCCCUCGGCAGGCAUCCGGGGAGUGGGCCAUUCGGACUAUUGGACAGAGCUGAAAAGAGCCAAAUUGUCAUAAUUGGGACCCAGACAGAUUGGCCUGAGAUCCAAAAAGACUUGGAGGCACCCCAAAUUGCCUGCCCAUCCUGCCGGAUGCCCACCCCACCCAGUGUUACAUUCUGCCUCUUGUGGGGUGGAUGCUCCAAGGCCGUCUGCUGACGCUCCUCUGUGUCCCCCAGCAAGCAGCUCUCCCAGGGUCCUCCGCCAUCCUGACCCGGGCCCCCAUCUGACCUCCUGAGCCCCGACUGUGGCUGUCCAUCUUUUCUCCCUCCUCAACUGUCUUCAGCGGGACUCCCUCUUGGGUCCCCCCCACCAUCACCUGAAGACCCCCCCACGCGCCAAGCACCGAAUGUCACCUUGCCCACUGUCGCGGCCCGUCUGUCUGGCAGUGGCUGGUGUGGGCCUCCACUUGACCCUUUUAACAUGCUGAUAUUUCUGGCAAAAUUCAUUGCUUGGGUUUUGUCUUUAACAUUUAUCGCUCGCAAUCCCAAUAAAGCAUUCAAAUGUA